AUGGCGGGCGGAGAGUUAUCCCCGCAAGAAAAGCUCUCACUGAUCAAGGAUCAACUGCAAGAAGUUCUGCGAGAAGACAUACUGGAAGAUGUCAUCCUUAAACAGCAAAGACCCCUGGUCAUCUAUUGGGGAUCAGCCACAACUGGAAGACCUCACUGUGGCUACUUCGUCCCGAUGAUGAAGAUUGCACACUUUUUACGAGCAGGCUGCCGAGUCAAGAUUCUCCUAGCUGAUAUUCAUGGUUUCCUUGACAAUCUGAAAGCACCUAUUGAACUGGUCAAGUUCCGGGCGGAAUACUACAAGUUCGUCAUACAAGCACUUCUGAAAACUGUGGGAGUGAGCUUGGAGAAGUUGGAGUUCAUUCUGGGCUCCUCCUACCAGCUAAGUGCCGAUUACACUAUGGACAUCUUCCGAAUCAGCAGUGUGGUCACGGAGCAUGAUGCGAAAAAGGCUGGCGCCGAAGUGGUCAAACAGGUCGACAAUGCGACUCUGUCUGGACUGAUCUACCCUUUGAUGCAGGCAUUGGAUGAACAGCAUCUUGGUGUUGAUGCUCAAUUCGGAGGAGUGGAUCAACGGAAGAUUUUCGCUCUCGCCCAAGAGACUCUCCCCAAAGUUGGAUACAGACAACGUGCACACCUCAUGAAUCCUAUGGUUCCUGGCCUUGCAGGCGGAAAAAUGUCUGCAUCCGAUCCCGAUUCCAAGAUUGAUAUCCUCGACACCGCUGACGUAGUCAAGAAAAAGCUGCGCAAAGCCUAUGCCGCUGCUGGGGAAGUGGAGGGAAAUGGAAUCAUCUCCUUUGUGGAAUAUGUCUUGCUCCCGAUCAGCGCGCUAGGGAACCCCGAUGGAAAGGGCACCUUUGUGUGCGAGAGGAGAGAGGGCGAAGGAGACCCGUUAGUCUAUCACGACAUCGAGACUCUGAAGGAGGAUUACCGAGCAGACAAGUUAACCCCCCAAUUGCUUAAGGCAGGCGUAACAGCUGCGUUGGUCGAUUUAUUGGCGCCAAUUCAAGCAGAGUUCCAGGCAUCGCCAGAGUGGCAAGACAUUGAGAAAAAAGCGUACCCCCCUGCUGAACCUGCCAAAAAGAAGAAGCAACCAAAGGAUAAGGGUUCGAGGUAUCCAGGUGCUGUCCCUCUCACGGCCAAACCGGAUGGGUCGAUGGGAGGAGAAGGCAAGGAAGAAGCCGAAGUAGGCAAGACGGCAGCGGAGGCAAUGUCCAAACUGGAAGUCAACGGUCAGCCUUGA